AUGCUUGACGCCGUUCCAGUUGAGCAAUUCUUCGACCGUCUCAAGGAACAAUACGAGACUUUGAAACUCAUCAUCGGAAGGUGCCGGAUUACAAUCGAGGCAGAAAAGGUGCCAGAGCAUGGCGGAAGAAUCACAAAGGAAGAGGUAACUGAACAGACAGAGGAAUGGGAAACUGAUCUGGAUGUCCAGUACGCGAGGCAGAUCUAUCGAGACCAUGGAUGGCCUGGUUCUUCCGAUAUGGAGACAGCAUCCGAGGCCAUUGACAAGUGGCUGGAACCCUUGGGAGGAGGUGAAGGGCCAAGGGGGCUUGCGUGGCAGCGAAGUCCUUCCGACUGGGACGAAACUCGGUGGACAUAG